CCCGGCGGGGGGGGGCGCGGCGCUGAAAGGCGGCUGCCUCCGGGGAGGGGCGCGGCGGCGGCGGGCUGGGCCGCGGGGGCGUCCGGCCGCCCUGUCCCGUCCCGCCGGGCGGGGGCUUCCGCGGCCUCUCGGCGGCGGGGAAGGACGGGCGGCGGCGCUCCGCGCUGUGCCCGACCCCGUCAGUGUCCCGGCCGCCCCGGCGAGGCCCGGCCGUCCCCGGUCGGGAGAGGCGCAGCGCUGCGGGUGGCCGGAGCCGCGGAGCCGGCUGCGAGCCCCGGGGCCGAUCCCUCAGCGCCUGGGCAGCGUUUGCGAGCGGGAAGGGCCGUGUGACCCGUUAUCCGUCUGGAAACUUCUCCCCGGGACGGGGAAGGAAUGACUUCCCGCCGGGACAGAGUCCCCCAGCCAGCGGGGGGUGGCACUGCCCGGCAGAAACCACUGAAGAAAAACCAUCAGCGAUAAGGCUACAGGAUAGGUCUCACAUCAGUGUCCUUGAUACGAAGGGCAGCUCUCUGCUUCUGUAGCUGAUGGGUGAGGACAACAGCUUGGUAAAAGGAGCUACCAAGAGCUGGCAGGAUGAGUUACAGCUCACCCUCUGUGCAUGACUUGUAUCACAGCACCACCACCACCACGGCCAAGCCAGACCCAGGGACAACUCUGGAUGCGACUGUACCAGAAACAGCUACCAUAAGCCCUGAGACUACCAGUUUCAAUAGCACCAAAAUCCCAGAUGUUUCCAGCACCGGACCCGGCGUGAGCACAAUGCUGCUGUCCUUCGGGAUCAUUACUGUGAUUGGGUUGGCUGUAGCUAUGGUUCUGUAUAUCAGGAAGAGGAAGAGGUUGGAGAAGCUACGGCACCAGCUCAUGCCCAUGUACAACUUCGAUCCCACCGAGGAGCAGGAUGAACUGGAACAGGAGCUGCUGGAACAUGGGCGAGAUGCAGCAUCUUCCCAGGCAUCGCAGAGCAAGAAAACUGCUGGAGUGUACCCUCACCUCAGUACCUGUUGGUAAUUUGCAUGCCAUUCGAAGGCUGAAGUGUGAAAAACUUGGAAGGACAAGCUCUGCAGGGGUCAAGGUUUACUGCUCCACAGCAUGGAAACUCGGACCUCCUCAGGAAGGGUUGGUGCUUGGUGGAGAAGUCAGGAAGGCCUCGUAGAUCCUGGGCAUCCGGAAUGCAGAAAGACAAAUUCCAACUUGUCUGUUUGCCAUAUUAUCCUUUAACCAGGUGAAUUCCUGGUCAAACUAGGGGUUCAUCAGCGCACCUGCAGCUCUGUCCACGAUAGCCUGCCCACACUGGGGUGAACAUUGUGGGCAGCAGCAUCGGUAGCUCCAUGGUGAUAGUGUUGGUGUAUUUCAGAUUGCUUUCUGUCUCAUCUUCCGUCCGACAGACCCAAAACUUGGGACUAGUUAGGAAAGCUGUCAGAUUAACUGAAGAGGCUAUGCACAGGAGCAGAAUUAAUUGUAUGAAAAGCUAAAUAGUUGUACAGCACACACAAUAAUGUGGGGCAUAAACAGACUCGGCUGUGGAGACUUCAGGAUGUACACAUGAAGCAGAAUUGGCUUGUGUUCCAAUCAAGCCAGUUAUGAGGUACUAUAUGAUAUGCAAGAGGAUGGAAUUAGGUACCAACAUUUGGGCUUAAGGGUCUGUCUUUUUUCCUCCAUGUGUGAUUCCUCCUGCUUAUUCUUCUUUGUUUUCACAUAGAUCUGUGGGUGCUCCUGAAUGGCCAAAUCUUGUUUUAUAAAGCCCAAAACUUCGAUAAAGAUAAACUCACCUUGUCUGGUGAUACGCACGUGUGCUGAGGUUGUUGUGCAUGGACGAGGCAAAGCAUAAGCUUGAGGUGCUACGUUUUAUACCUUUAUUAAAAACAAACUCCAAGGCUAAUUUGCAAGUUGCCAACACUCUUUAUGCCUUCACCAAACCCAUUUAUGAGAAUCUGACAAACUUUGCUAGAUAACAAACCUCCUUCAUUUCCCAUGGUUUGAUCGGACUGUAAUAACCUCUUAUUUUUGACUGAGUCAGACCACAACUGUCAAGCUUAAAAACACUUGAUACGCAUUUGCUUAGAGGUAGGAUUUGGCUACACAGAAAAGAUAACUAACUAUAUGGGAAAUAAAAACUGUUUAUCAUUUCAAAAAAAGAAAACCCAAGUGAUCCCGCGUGAGAUCCUAGCUCUCUGAAGAUGGCUGGAAUUCUGCCCACCUUUAUUAGGCAUUGACUUUCAUUCCAAGUCUCUGCAUAAACAUUGAACCUGAAGCUAUGGACUGGGAUUUCAACUACACACAGAGUAGCUCCUUAUAGUGUGGAAUUUUGCUUGUUCUUCUCAAGCACUUAAAGUUUUAUGGAGACAUGUUUUCUACUGUGGCUUCCCAAUAGAGUAUUAAGAGGUAGCAAAGACUAAUUUAUUUAUUUAUUUAUUUAGUUUAGAAAAGAGAAGGACUUUGUAUGCAUGUCCCAGAGGAAUAGUGCUGACCUAAAGCAAAUGGAUUUACUAUCUAGCUGAGGCAGUUUCCAUCUCUACUCCAUGCCACCAGCUGAGAAUUGUCUGACUGAUGUCAUCAAUUUGAAUCUCUUACAGAUGCAAUCCCUAAUCCAUUUAGGAGAAGCUGACAGUCUAGUCUCACAUUGUAACAGCUAUUGCUCUCAGGUAAUAGGGGUUAAUUAAAUAGGCAGUACAGCCUUGCAAGGAGAGUACUAAACCUGCCAAUUCACCUGAGAAUCAGGUAAAGAAGUUGGUAAAAUCUGUUGGCCUGCCACUGGAGCGGCCUGUGGAUGCAGACAUGAACUGCAGCUGAACUUGUGUGUCCCCUGAAGGAGAGCAGCUCCCUAACCUUAAUUCAGAGGAACACCAGUUGGAUCUUCUCAUGUAACCACCAACAGUUACAGCUUUGUGUGCAUCAUGUCCCACCCGGAUUUAUCCACACAGCAGAAGGGGGUCAAACUCUUGCCAUACCUGGCAGCACGCCUCAUCCUACAGCGUAAAAUUUAGGUAAGUCUCUGUGAUCUAAACCAUUUAAUCCUUGAUUUCUCUGCUAUGUGGUAGAGGACGCACAAAGGUUAUCUGGGAUGCAGUUUUUGGCUGAGACCACCAAACUCCACACACAAGAAACUGCUGUUAGGGCAAACCAGACACCACACAGAAUUAACAGGAUUGGGAUUCUGAUUACUACUAAACUGGGCAGACUGGACAAAAUGACCCAGAAUGAAAACACACCUUUUUUUUUUUUUCCCCUAUUAUCUCUCUCCAAUCAUCUCUUCCUCUUAAUUCUACAUACAUUUUCUUGUGUUAAAUAAAUACCUGCUAAGGGAACAGACCUCUGAUGAAAGGAUAAUAAAUGAGCUCAAUAUAUACUGCUAUUUCAUGGAUUUCUGCUAUGCACUGCCAUAAAUUUAAAGCCAAUUAUGUUCUGUUUAAAUAUUUAACACUGUAAAGCUAGCCAAUUUUACAUCUUGUCAAAGAUAAUUGAAAUACCCACUUUGUCCCUUUAAUAGGCAGGUAGAGCAUCCACGAGAUGGAAAAUACCACCGGGAUUUCACUGUUUGCAACUGGAUAUUGGAAAUACCGUCAGUUCCUCAGAGUUCAGCAAGAUCAGCUCUGACACCGAAAGCACAAAUCUGCAUACAACGUGAGACUGAGAGCAGCCAGCAACGAUCUCAGACCAACUGUCUACUGCUGCCUCCCCAAACUAAAUUGUAUCAGCAAGCUUUUAUUUGCAUAGCUACAACACUACAGGACCCCACAUACGCAUAUUAUGGACUGAAGAUACAACUGAUUUAAACUGAAUCCUGAGGCUGUGCAAGGAAGCAACUUUUGUGUAACUGGUUCUUUACAGACACUCCUUUGAAGUGAUGAAAUCCAGUGGCUGUGACUAAGCUUGUAAACAUUGUGCACUCAGAGUUGCUGUCGGAUUCAGGGGGAGCACCACCAGGCCAAAAGCUAGUUAUUGGAGAUGGCCCUGAGCUGACAGUGCUAGGAUAAAAAUUUAAGAAUGAAUCCCAAGACAUCAGGGUGCAAACUUUCCCCUAAAGUAUCCAAGUUACUGACCACGGGAGCAACAGCAUUAGGUAAGCUGGAAUGGCCAUGAAGGUUUUUCUUUCUGAUAUAGUAAAGAAAGGACUCAAAAGACUGUCUUUCAGAUGCAAUCCCUAUGGGCAACUGAGCAAAACGUAAGCUCUUGGGACUGCUCCAUCCAUCUACCAGAGGUGGUAGGAUACAUAACUUCAGCAAUUAGCUGUGUAAAUAAGUUUCCUUUACUGUAUCUGCGUUACUGAGUCAACGCUACCUUUCUGUUGAACUAUUGCUGUCUGUGGCAGGGCAAGGCACCAUGUUAGCCAAGUAUUUGUAAGAAAGAUUAAUUUCCUCAGAAAAGUUAUACUACAAACUGUGAAAGGCAUCUCUCCAACAAGGCAUUUGCCAUUUCUUCCCCUAAGUCCCUGUUUGUAUGUUUGGGGUAAGCCAGCAGACAACAGGAGAGAAAGCUUGGCCAAAAUUAUCACAAAGGAAGAAUUUGAAGUAU